UGGCGGGUUUUAUUCAAAAUGGAGUUGACGUCUCCGUUGCGGUUUUUGAAACUGAACCAAGUCCCACAAGCCUGGGUGAAUGCAGUGUGGGAUGCAGAAUUUACAGAGAUGGUACCGAUGGACGAUGAUAACAUAGAGGAGGAAUUGGCAGCCUGCGGAGAGGAAGAUUUCAGAAGACUGUACGCAUAUCUGCUGGCGCUUUCUGAGGAACAACAGUCUCCUAGCACCGAUGCCAGUUUUCAGAGUAUCUGGAUGCAGCUGAGGGAGAAUGGUGUUUCGGUGCAGUCUUUGGUGGCUGUGCUGUCCUCCUUUGUUUUGCCGGGCAAAGCCAAAGCAGCGAAUGUUCAGCAGAGGGUGGCUAGCCUUCAUGCUGCUUCCCUCUAUCUGUUGCUGCUUGGAAUCCCAGGAAGCAUUGGCAACAAAGUUUUUCACGAGAUUUUAUUGGACACUUGCUUGAGUGCAAGCGCUCACUGCUGGCCUCAAGACUUUGGCAAAAAGCGCAAGAAGGGCACUGUCAAGACUUCUCAGGCAGAGGGCAAGCGUUCCAAACCACACCGGAAGGAAACUCAAGAGAUGGAAGUCGAUGAGGAAGAGGAGCUCAUCUUCUCAAGUCAAGACCUAAAUAAGAUCCGAGAUGCGCUGGUUCUUCUGGUUCAAAGUCUUCUCCGACUUUUGCAGACAUUGUCACUCAAAGACAAAGCGCAAAGUGCUUGCCGUUGCGUCCAGAUUUUUACCAAGUUGAUUUACUUUGAACCAGUCAUCGGAGAGCCCAACUUUUCUGCCGAACGAGACGUCCGAGAAUUGCGGAGCCUUCCCGAGAUGGCCUUCUACGGCCUGCGGCUGAUUUGCGCACCAAAACAUGGAGACCAAAAAGAAUCGCUGAGGAGGGUUUUCCACCGACUUCUCUACGUAAUCCUGAUGAUGAAUAAAGAGGACAGAAGCAGACCGACCUUGCUCGUACUCAGCCACGCAGUACUCGCCGCACGGGAUCAAGCCAUCCGCUUUGUCUGUCACAUUGUGAACGAGCUGAAAGAAGUGGCUCUUCCUCUCUUAAAAGUGCUCGUGCAGCACAUUUGUUUUCAGAUUGUGGAAAAAUGUGAGUUUCGAAAGCACGCGGCCCAAGCUGUUGGCACGCUGAUAUCAGAGAUGUCAAGUACAGACUGUGCGCACUUCAUCAAGUGGCUGUAUAACUUCUCCAGACAAUCCAAGAUGGUGUCUCGCCUGUUCUCUGUGGAUGUCACGAUGGUUCUACUGGGGCAGCCGGAGAGGAGGCCGGAGGAAUGUGACGAGCACGCGGCUCUGGCCCGCUACCUGCCGCAUCGCUUCCUCAUCCAGAACCUGUUGUUCGCUCGACGCAAUGACCACUCCACCACUGUCCAAAGCCACGUCCUGGCCUGCUUGGCUCAGUGUCUGGAGUUGCCUUCACUCAAUGCUACCUGCGCUAUCCAAAGCCUCUUCUCUGCCACUGUAACCCAAACUCUAUUGGAAGGGGAAAGUACAGAAGGCGGUUCCCAGCAUCCACAGAAAAGCUUCCAGACCUUGCCGUUCAGGACUGUGGAGGUCGCUAGCACCGAGAGCUCUGUCUGUGAUGCGAGAGAGAACAUGGCUCUUCUCAUGCGGCGUGUGCAAGACUCCAAGUGUAAUGUUCGCAAAUCAGCACUGCAGGCCCUAGUAGGUCUUCUGAAGCACGGCGUGAUCCCAACGAGCUGGGAGAACCUUUCUAUGCUCUCGGAGCGCUGUCGAGACCCGGCUGUGUCUGUGAAAAAGAAAGCCUUGCAGUGUGUGGACGAGAUCCUUCACGCUAAACCGGAUUGCAGCCUGGCGCAGAAGGCAUGGCUGCUGGGCGUGGUACCGGCGGUUGAAGAUUGCGAGAGCGCCGUCCAGGAGAAGGCCCUGGAGGCUCUCGACCACAUCUUGCUCAGCCAGGUCAAAGCCUACGCCGCCUGCCGCCAUCUUGAUAGCAGUCAGAGGCUGACCUGGAAGCUGCUAAAUCUGCUCUGCGACGAGUGUCACAGCCUUAGCCAAUAUUUCAGUCGGGCCAUCACCAUCUGGACUAAACAAAACAAGUUUACGGAAACAUUUGUAACGAAUCUGAUUUCGCACACGGAGGCUGAUCACAGUCGUGGAGCCUGGCUGCUGCUUUCCAAGGUGGUUUCUGCAUCUCCCAAAAUUCCAUAUGGCAAACUCAUGGAUGCCUGGGACAACAUGGUCAGAUCCAAAAAUGUGAGCGCGACAACCUGCUGUCACAUUCUGGGUGUGAUUGGAGACAUUUCUGCUCACUUGAAUGAAGACACAAAGGCUCGGAUUGUUGAUGAUAUGAUGCCUUGGCUGAAGUCCUUUACCAUGUCUCUUGAGGCUAUCAGUGCUGCCAUAGAUACUCUGCAUCAAAUUGGCAGCGGUGAAGAUGUCAAGCAAACUCAGGCUUUCCUGAAUCAUCACUGUGGUGAGCUGGUGUCAAUUUGUGAGUCUUAUCUGGCUGCUAUAAUCCUGACCAAAAAUGGAAUCCACAACGUUAAUGAAGAGCUGAUGGUGAAACACCUUCACACCUUUGGUGUUGCCUCACUCAACUGUCCUGCUCGAGUGUCCAAAAGAAUGAUCUUGCUUGUGGAAUCUGUCCUUAUCCCAAAUCCAGACAAAUUACAAGAUUGUCAAGAUGAGCUAGCAGCUUCACUUCCCGUCUUCCAAAGCAACUUGCUGCCGACCAAAGUCCGAGCCCACGGCGUCAUUACUUUGGGUAAGCUGUGUCUGCAACAUGAGGAACUGGUCCGCAAGUACCUUCCCGUGUUCGCCAGAGAGCUGGAGCUCGGUACAGAAGUGGCCGUACGCAACAACAUUGUGGUGAUCAUGUGUGACCUAUGCGUUCGAUACACAAAUAUGGUGGAUCGCUACAUCCCCGACAUUUCCGCCUGUCUACGAGACGACCAAACAAUCAUCCGGGAGCAUGCUCUCAUCAUGCUCACCAACCUCCUCCAGGAGGAGUUUGUAAAAUGGAAGGGCUCUCUAUUCUUCCGCUUCAUGGUGGUGCUAGUUGAUCCUGUCCCAGCCAUCGUCAGUCUGUGUGAAUACUGCCUGGUUCACAUACUGCUGAAAAAGAGCCCAGAAAUGUUUAGUCAGCAUUUCAUUGAGUGCAUCUACCACUUCAAUUUGUACAGUGGACAUAAUUCCUACAAGUUGACUGAAACUGAAAGUGGAAAACUUCGGUUCUCCCUAAAGGGGCCUCAGCACCGCGAGAAACGUUUUCGGAUUUACCGCUUUCUACUGCUCCAUUUGACGGAUGCGCAACGCUUCAAGAUCACCAAUAAGAUGAACCAAAGUGUCCUGGCCUGCUUUGCCAAUGAAGAGCUGCCACUGAAUGCAGAUGCGGAAGACAUUUUAUCAGACACCUUCAACAUACUGACUUUGAAAGAGAUGAAGCUUCAGGCCACUGCGAGCGCUGCAGGGGACGAACAAGACGAGGAAAAUAUGAGCACCAUGGCAAAAGCAGUUUUCCAGGCAGCUCAAAAUAAGGUGAUUUCUCAGGUCAGGAAGAAGGCUUUCGUGGAGGACACCGUUCCUCUCAUCAUCAGUCUUAAGCGCUUACUGGAGCAGAGACAGUCUCCUGUCCUCAAAGAUCUCACAGCCUACCUGCAGGUGACAAUGCAGGACUACCCUCAAGAAGUCAAGGAGUUUUUUGCCGGGGAUGAGCAAUUAGCAGCAGAAGUGGACUUUGCCCUAAAGCAAGCAGGGAAGGACCGCCAUCCGGAGAAGCCGAUGGACAACUGCAACCUGAAUGAGGACUCCAAAAUGCUUGCAGCUCAGGCUUUGGCGCACCGCUCUACUUCUUUGUCAAAGAAUCUGCAACCUUUCAGCUUUUCCACGCCACAUCCAAAUCAGCUCCAUGCAAGACUUUGGCAGAGUGAGAGGCGAAGGCAUCUCUUGGCCAGAACCGGCUCAGAACGACAGUCAAACUCCAUCACUCUGGGAACAACAGAAAAGUCUCAAGGAGUCGUGAAUAGCAGAGCCAUCAGCACUCCAAACGAUAUGGGCCUAAAUGUGACUUUUGAGGAGGGAGUCAGUGCCAUCUACAAUGAUCAAACAAGUUCUCGCCAGGAAAGUAGCGUUCUUCAUGUACGCUCAGAUGGAAAUCAACCUUCUGGACCGAGGCAGUGGAAUGACCAGUCCCCUUUCCGUCCUAAAAAGAAAAGCAGUCUUUAGUCCACCUUUUGGUUUGACCUGUGUGCCUUCGCUCCCCAUCACAUGGUUUUAUAUUUUAACUUUGGAAUUGCAAGCAGCCUAUUUAAUCUCUUCAGAAAGUUUUUUUUUUUUUAAUUAAGGGUCCAUUGACACUCUAUGUUGUCCUUUUUUUCUACUAUUUUAAGGACCUGUAAGGUCUUUGGAGCAGAUGGUUUUAUUUACUCGAAUAUGGAAACAUGCGCUAUGCUAUUUUAUUUGAAUUUUAUCUUGUCUUCUCUUCGGUUUCCCCAUCUGUCAAAAGCUUUUCUGAUUGUCUCAAAUUUGACAUUUCCUACUGUACAUUUGAAUCCUUUAGUUUCUUGUGUCAUUUUAAAACACCCUUUUUGAAAAAAGAAAAUAAAAUUUGAAAAAAGACAUAUUU